ACGCGAACUUCUCCAAUCCCCCAGAACUUUACAUCUUUAUUUCUUUCUUCCCUUUUGCUUCCGCUUGGCACUCAUGUCUUGACCUCCACUAUUGACCUAACCCCCCUCUUAUUUUCCUAUCCUCCUCGACCCCACGCAAUGCUGGCCCCAGCUGUUCCUCGCCGCCGCCUUCAGUCCAUCAACAACCAAAAGACUGCGGGAGGCCUACUUCCGUCCAAACGCCCGCAGCCACCACCGUCCGCCGCCGCGCCUGCCGCUCCGUCGUCGCAAAAACCUUCCAUUCCGAAAUGCUGCGACGCCCAAGAAAUUGGACAGGAAGACGGCGAUACUGUCUGCUUCAACUGUGGUACUCGCCUGGCCGGAUCGUCCCUCACUUCCGAGCUCACAUUUGGUGAAAAUGCUGCUGGUGGAGCUACCGUUGUUGGUGGCUAUGUGGCCGAUGAUCAACGACACGCCAAUAGUAUGGGUGGCUCUGCACCGGGCAUGGGGAGCGGUGACAGCAGGCGUAAUACCGAAAAUCAUGGGAACAACGCAGUCAGGGCCCUCUGCAGCCAGUUGUAUCUGCCGGAGAGCGUCGAGACUCAGGCUAAGAACUGGUACAAGCUCGGCCUCAACCACAAUUUUGUUCAAGGCCGCCGCAUAAUGAACGUCGCUGCCGUCGUCAUUUACUUUGCGGCUCGUAGGCGACAUGAGAAUACCCUUAUGCUCAUGGAUCUUUCGGAAAAAGUCAGAUGCAGCGUGUGGGAGCUAGGCAGAACCUAUAAGGAUUUCCUACAAAUCAUGAUGGAGAACGAUCCUGGAGACGCGGGUGCAAGCCAAGGCAUCCAACAAAUCGAACCGCUCAUGCUCAAGUUUUGCCGUAAACUCGAGUUCGGCGAUGAUUCACACAGGGUAGCCACCGAUGCAUGCCGCCUACUGAAGCGCAUGAACAGAGAUUGGAUGGUUCAAGGCCGGAACCCAGCAGGCUUGUGCGGAGCCUGCAUCAUCAUUGCCGCGCGGAUGAACAACUUCCGCCGUACUGUGCGAGAAGUGGUCUACGUAGUCAGAGUUGCCGACACUACCAUCAAUCAGCGCUUAUACGAAUACAAACGCACAGCAAGUUCCGCGUUGACUGUCACUCAGUUCAGAAAAUUCGGAGACCGUUUAAAGCCUGAAGAACAACCACCUGCCGUUUGGAGACGCGCGGAGAGGGAAGCAAGAGAGGCAGAACGGAAAGAACGGCGGGACAACGAGCGGAAACGUUCGCGUGAAGGUGAGAGCACCGGACGGGACGGUGCUAGCGAUGAUGAGUUCACUGGAGGUGUGGAAGGUUCAUUAAAUAACGAUGGCACCAGCACUGAGGCACCGGAAACGCGGGCGAUCAAAAAACGCAAGGUAGACAAUGACAAGGCCAAAGACGCAACCACAGCGAGCAACAACGCCAGCAAUCCACUGGCAACCCUCGAUAUCGAUGCGCUUCAGGAAGGAAAUCUAGCUAUUGAUCUUGACGCUAUUGCGGAAGACGAGCUGGAUAAUGACAUUGCUAAACCAAAAAAACGAGGACGACCCCCCAAAAAGCGUGAACAAGUCAUCAUCCCCGACGAAGACCUCGAAAUCGAAGCCGAAAUCGAGGAGGAAAUCCAGGCUACCAUUGAAGACUGGCAAACCACUUUCAGAGAGUUUGAAGAUAACGACAACCACGAAAUUUUAGUUAAGGCCGGUGACCGCGCCCGCGAACUUGCCCAACAAUACAUGCCACAGGAAGGUGUGAAUACAGAGGAGGAGAUUGGAGAAGACGAAUUCGAAGACGACCCGGAUGUCGCAACAUGCAUCCUCGCAGAGCACGAAGUCCGCACCAAAGAACGUAUCUGGAUCUCCAUGAAUGAAGACUGGUUGCGCGCUCAACAAGCCAAAAUGCUUGCUAAAGCCCUCGAGGAAGCCUCUGGCAGGCCCAAGAAGCCUGUUCGGCGCAGACAGCGCACCAGACUUGGCGACGGCAGUGUGCUCGGAGGACGACCGGCUGAUAGCCCUGCGGAUGCGGCACAUAAGAUGCUUGAGAAGCAUGGUGGCAAACAAUUCAGUAGCAUGCUGAACUACGACAAGAUUAAGUCGCUGUUUGGCCGUGCCACUGACUCGACCACCAGCGAGGCUACGACUCCGAACGGUAGUACGGUUGCUGGUGCCAGUCCACCGGCAGCUGCGGCUGCGGCGGCGUCUAGUCAUUCUAGCGUCACGCCCACACCGGCACAGCAAGUAACGUCAAAACCUACAAACGCCGCUGUACCAGAGGAGGAAGACGAAGAGGACUACGAAGAAGAGGUCGAAGAGCCUCUCGAUGAUGAGGAUCUUGAGAACGAACACAUGUACUCCGACGAUGAAGGCUUCGGGGGUGCCGAUUACGACGAUUAUUAA